ACGCGCAAAAGGUGGCGUCGCUGUCGCGCUGUGGUGACGAUCCCACUUCAUUCCUGCUGUCAUCUACCUCUGCUACACAGCGUACAGCUGUUGAGCAGACCUGCUGAGAUCUGGAUGGCUCCUCCACAACUUCUCUUCCCACUGGCUGAAGCAGAGCUGGGAAAAAAAAAUGGAGUCAGUAACAAUCUCCAACAUAGAUUCAGGACAGAAAUAGAAGCUUUCUAGAAGUUGAGGAUUACAGCCAUCAGCAGUAGGUAGAUCUGCGACUUUAAUCCCUUCCCUGCCUUCCUCAGACAGAUUUCAGAAUAGCACAAUGGUUAGUGAGUUGUCUCCGUUAAAUCUCAGAGAUGUAAUACAAAACAGUUCUUGGCAAAGGAAGAGUGAUUUCUACAAAUACUUGCACAUCAGUGUGUUUUAAUAUAUUUCUGAUGCUACGGUUCCACUCAAACAUCAAGUUUCUUUCUAUUCCUCUCAAAAAACUAAAUGGUAGCACAUUUUUUAUGAGUUUCCCCAAAACUUCUCUAUGGCAUCUGAUGAACCAAUCCCAAGGAAAUGGACUGAUCGAAUUCACAACUCACUGUGGCCAUUCCAAGGAGUGAGAUGAAUAAAAAAACCCAUUUGCUUUCACGGGUCUAUUCGUAUGGUACAGGGUACUUAAGACUUCUCAGCUGAAAUCUCGCUUUUGUUUUUAAAACAGAAAUCCAUUACACACAACAGUUCAGUCAUUCAGGGUUCAGCCAUUUCAAAUGUGCUCAGUAUCUUCAGGGGAUUCAAAUUAACUCGGGACUUACGAAACCGGUAUGAAUUUCAUACCAUUGAGCUCAAAGGGGGGAGGGAGCGGGUUAAGUGUGCGGGUUUCGUUUUUGAAAAUGGAAAGGUCAUGGAUUAUUUUUUAAAUGAAUAAGCUCCAGGGAGCAAUUAAAAAAAAUAUAUGUAGAUUUUAACCUGUCUAAUUUGAAAAAGCCACUACAGCAGUCCAAAUCUGUUAACCUCACUUGGCUCACAUCCUGUUCCUGAACUCCCCUUUCCUUUCUCAGACUUCCUCUGAAAUUUAAGGACUAAACCACAGAUAGACUGAAAAUAUUUUGCUGCAAGUUAACAACCCUUCAUGAAAUUCCCAAGAAUGGAAAAAAAUAUGGCAUUAGAAGGAAUGAAAUGAACAUUGCACUUAAUUUUAUGUAAUAUCAUUACAACUUCCUUAAAAAAGAAAGAAAAAAUCUGAUCUAAUUUCCUUAUCUCUCCCUCUGUUUCACACUUCAUAAUUUUUUACAAGGGUAACCAUCGAUACAUAGAAUUCUUUAAAUCAAAACCCAGACUUUUGCUGAAAAUCUUUUUUUUUUCUGGCUUGGACUUAAAGUCUCCAAAACUAAUAUUGCUGGAUGUCAGCAUUACAGCACUGCCAUCAGAGUCCUGCACCUACUGAUUCCAUGGCAGUGACCUGGCUGGGGUCUAUAAGGAAGCAUCAGGUCUAAAUGAUUAAUUUUAAAUAUUACUUUCAUGUAAACAGCUAAAGAAGUAAGUGAAGCUAUCAUUUCUAUUCUGGUGACUUCCUAAAAGGUACUUUGCACUAUAGCAACUGUAGGAAACAAUAAAAGCAGCAGGUUGUGGUUUGUUUUAUUUUUGUUUUGUAAGCUGCAGAUUUGUGUAACACUGCAAUACUGAAAAUGCUGAAAUAUUGAAAAAGAUAUUUCACUAUUACACUUCAAUUCACCACUCUUUCCUGUAUAAUUACAUGGAUUUUCUUUAAUGGCAAAAAUUAGUUAAGGUACUGACAACGCCUUUCUUGUCUGCCACACUGAUGUAUAUAUACAUUUCUACAGUUUCACCUGGCUAGGACAGUUGAACAAGACUUUUAGUACAGAAGGAAAAUUGCAUCAGUUUGAUAGUGAGGGACACGGCAGACUGCUGGAGGCCCUUGCUUUGCUGUUUUCUACAAAAAGAUCACUUUAGAUAGUUCAAAUGCAUUUUAAAACCAGCAGGUAAAAGCAAUUUUCCACAAGAGAGCAGCACAUUAAGCAGUGAAUGCUGAAGCAUGUUUCCUAACAGAUGGAUUUUUAAGGCUUAGCUUCAGAUGUAAGUGUUAAGGAGUAACGUAGCUGCUACAGAAUAGAACCUUUGCUUUGCAUGCUGGUCUCCACAGCUGUAAACAACUCGUCGGAACAGUAACAGCAGAUCGUCUAACGGCCCAGUUGAAAGGAAGGAAGAGGAAUGAAUCUUACGAUUGCAUCUAGAUUUUUAUCUGACAAAUUCAGAUGAGUUAUUUUUCGCAGGUGCUGUCCCAGGUCCUCCUCCCUGCGGUUCCUGUGGCCGAGGCACCUGGCGAUGAGGUCCGUGGUCAGCCGCACCAUGGCUGCGCAGCAGGCCGAGCCACGCUUCCCCUCGGACUGCCGCACAGCAGCUCUGGGACAGACAGGCUGGACGUUCGUGCCUACAAAACAAAGAGCAAAGUGUCGGGCUGCUCAAACACAGCUGAUGUGCGUAUUCCAGGUGUGGUGCUUCUCCAUGGGAACCGAGGCACCUGAGCAGUGCUGCUUUGUGGGGAGCUGGGGGAAAGUGACGAUGAAAGCCGUAAGGUCAGAAGGAACUCCCUUGCUUGCUAAGCAAGGAUGUUUCAGCUUUUAUCUUUAUUUUUUUUUUAAUAAAAGUAGGAGAAGACAGAAAGCAAGAAGGACGCUAUUUCUUUUCACUGAGAGCUGUACUUCUUUCUUGAUUGUUUUACGCGACAAGCCCUCCCAGAGCAAGCAGUACGGCGGCGGGACGAGCCGGGCUGCCGGCAGCGGCGGGUGUGGGACCGCUCGGCCCCGGCUCCCUCAGCCGCCGUGUGACACCGAGCCCCACACGGCACAGGGACCGCCGCGACCCGUGGGACGGCUGCUUGUGCGGCUCCGCCCGCAGCACAGCGGGGCCGGGGCAGGCAGAAAGGGACAGGGUCCGCUCCCAAGAGGAAUCCCGGCCUCGCUCCCCCCUCACCUCCCGGCCCGGAGGGGAAUGAGGCAGCGCUCCAGCCGCCACCGCCGGCGGUUGCCACGGCAACCAAACGCCAACAGCGUGAGGGAGGGGAUCGAUCCCGCUGCGCCCAACCAGCGCCGGGAGGAGAGCGGAGGCGGGAAUAGGGCCGCGGCUGCGUGCCAGAGGUGCCUCCCGCCUCCCCUCAGCGCGGCAAGACGUGCGGCGCACCUCAGAGCCUCCAGAAGAGCCCGUCGCAACCGGAGGCCCUCGCAGGAAAAGCUUUGAAGCUUGUUAAAACAAACGGGUGGUGAAUAGCACCGCUGCGAAGAACUCAGCGUCUCGUUGGUAUUGUGGUAACGUGGUGUGCCCUGGAGUGUAGGUGCAGGCUUCACACCUCGUGUGCCCCCUGUCUUGUGGUGUGCCUGCAGUGCCAAGUCCUGGCGACAGCAAAGCUACAGCUUGUACGUUUUAUCCAUCUUUUUGAUACCCUUUUAGAUGAAUGAGUUAAUUGCUGAUGGGAAGGGGGCUGCGCUGCUAUCCACAGUGACCUCAGCAGCAGCCUCAUGAAGUCUAAGUCCUGGAGUGGGGAGGAGCAGCCCCAGGACAGGUGGGGCAAAGCUCUUCUGUGCUGUGCAGGUGAUGGAGCACUGGCACAGGGGCAGCUGUGAAGUCUCCUCUAUGGAAAUAUCUAGAAGCUGCCUGGAUGUGGUCCUGGACGCUCUGCUUGAGCCAGUGACCUCCAGAGAUGCCUUCCAAUGUCGACCAGUCUGUGAUUCUGGGAAUUAGGCACGUGAGUAGAAUCAUAGAAUCCUUAGGGUAGAAAUGGUCUGGAUGGCCUCUGAAGGCCUCUGAAGGCCAUCUAGUCCAACUCCCUUGCAAUGAACAGGGACAUCACGGCCAGAUCAUGUUGCCCAGGGCCUGAUCCACCCUCACCUUUUAAGUCUCCAGGGAUGGGGCAUCAACCAUAUCACUGGGUAACCUGAUCCAGUGCCUCACCACCCUAACUGCAAAAGACUUUUUCCUUAUAUCUAACCUAAAUCUACCCCCCCUAAGCUUGAAGCCAUUUCGCCUUGUUCUAUUGCCACAGGUCCUUCUGAAGAGUUUGUCCCCUUCUUUCCUGUAGCCCCCUGUUAGAUACUGAAAGGCUGCUAUCAGGUCACCUCACAGUCUUCUCCAGGCUGAAGAGUCCCAGCUCUCUCAGCCUGUCCUCAUAGGAAAGGUGAUCCAUCCCUUGGAUCAUUUUUGUGGCCCUCCUCUGGACAUGCUCCAUCAGCUCCACAUCUCUUCUGUACUGAGGACUCCACAUCUGGACAUUUGAGUAACAUCACAUCUGAGUAACUCAGUCCCUCAUCAACCCAUGAUCUGGCUGCCAGAGGGACAGCAGGAGCAGUGCAGGGGGCAUUACAGAUGUGGGGAAAGACCUCCAGGUAUGACCAACUACUUAGUUACAGUCAUCAGGGAGUAAAAUGCUACUGGUAAGGCAUCAUUAUUUUCUGCUGCUCACAAAUAAUAAUUCUGGUAAACACAUAGUUUUCUCAGUAAUAAAGUUUUGUCUUCAUGUCCAGUUCUGAAAUGGGUGUAUUCUGCUAUAACUCGUUGAUAUUUCUGUUCUGGAAGUGGUUCAGUUGAGACACCUACCUGGAAUAAUUACUUAGAUAAAGCCAUAACCUUGUGUACAGUGUUUCAUGUCCUUGGACUCGUUCUGUUGCAUGACAACUACUUGAUGACAACUGGAUUCUUGAUUUUAUUUAAGCAGGAUCUCUUGCAUGCAUUCUUGCAGAGAUUGUGCAUUCAAAGCUAAGGUCAUUUUUCUUCCCUGCAUUGGCCAUGUUUGAGCAGCACUGCAUUGGAGUUCUUUCCCUGCAGUGCAUUCUGCUAAGCAUCCUUCCAGCGAGGGUUACCUGAUCUUCACCAGAGAGUUGUCAGUGCUUGGCUUUAUUCCUUUUUCUAUAUAACUUCUGUUUGCGAUUUGAUUAACACUUUUGCCGAUACUGACUGCUGCUAUCAAUAGAACUGUGUGAGCCUAAGCAAAAGCAGAGCUGUGACAGGAAAUCCCUGAAGUGACUAAAGGAAAUAGGUAACAGGCUCGCUGGUACAGAAGUUUCCAAAAUGAUUUCUGCAAUUAAAACAGGUACAACACCAGAGAAAGCCUCAAGACCAAUAUGGAUAAUUAUUAUUACACAACUUUAAGGUCUAUUAUUACUACAAAACUAUUACCAUCAUUAUUGGCUUUUUUGACCUUGACCUACGAAGUCCUUGCCUGUAAGACUGAGCACAGAGAUUUAAAAAUAUUUUCCCCACGUGACACAAGAAGAAUCCAUCUAUGCAGUAUCUAUAUAGAGAGACCAAGAAGUGAAAUAUCCUCUGUGCACUUCCCGGCAUUAAAAUCUAUUACAGCCUGAAAGUAAAAGUGAAGCUAUUGGAAAACUAUAUGCUCGUUAUAAAUGUCUUGAUGGUGUUUAUAAUGGGUCUUCAAUAACAUUGCAUUUUACCUCCAGAAGAGACUACAAUGUUGAUUCAGUCUCCAAAGGUGAGUGAGAGUAAAAAUUCAGAACAUACUUUUACAGUUCUCACCAUAGAGAGAAUAGCCAUGAAUCGCGCUGCCGCUUAUCACCAGCCAGAGCUGUAGAAGACAACAGCUUUCCAUGUAGUGUUGUGAAGUUUGAUACAUGCACCAGAAAGUGAAAGUAAUAUGCUGCUAAUACUCAGCAGUCAGAAGGUGUACCGGCCUCAGCAUUACUUUGUCAAACACUGCAUAGAGGGUGAAUGUGAGUAUUCACGUGGCCAUUCGUUGUUCUUAGAUAGCUUUAAGUAUUAUUUACCCAUUGCUUGUCCCUGGCUUUCACACAAGGAUUUGUUAAACCUCCCACUUUGUAAAACCAGCCACUUCAGAAUUUUACCCAGUUGUCGUAAGAUCUUUUUUAAAGGAAAGGUAAACAUUCCACAGAAAUCAUCUGUUUAAUGAGAAGCUAUUUUCAAAUUUCUAACUCCAUACAGAAUAUCUAAACCUUACUGAAGCUGGAAGAAUAUCUGUGAUUUUUGUACCUCCACGCUUCUCCAGUUCUAUCUCCAGCUUUGUGGAACUCAGACUGGAAAUGUCUUCCUUAGGGAUGGAUAAAAAGCACAAGCUUAAUUCUAACCUCAAGUGAUAGGGGAAGUGGAUGCAACUUGUCUUCAGCUGGAGAGAAAGGUUCAGAUGGUUAUAAUUACUAAAGAUUGCUUGCCAUUAGAUGCAGGCACAUAAAUUAAUUUCCGUUUUUAAUACAGUAAUGCCACUGCAGUUCUACACAAGCCCUAAGGUAACUGCCUCUAAAACAAACAGCUAAAUUCACACAGGAAAUGAUGGACAAAUUACAUAGGAGCUGCCUGCAUGUUUCAGCUGGAAAUUAAGAGUUCCGAAAACAAUAUGUUUGUAAUCCUCUCAAAGGGCUAGAGCACUUCCUAUCUGAGAUGACAUAAGAGAUAAGCUACACAAAAGAAUAAACAAUCUUUGCUAAUACUAUUACUGAGAAGUGCUAGUAGAGGUAGUUAAUGUCUGACUAACUGAAGAUGCAGCGAUGACCUUUGGUUUAUAAAAUGAUGAUGCUCAGAUAUCCUUUUCAAUCUGUAUUUUUGAAAGGCUAAUGAUCAAUCUCACCAUUUCGGAGAGAAAAAACAGCACUUGCUUUGGCAAAAACGCUUGGCUCAAGUUUAUGCACUCCUGGUUUGUGGCCAGCCAGGAAGAAAACCCAAUUCUCCUGAGAUGGAGUCCUGUGACCCAUCCAGUGGACCGUGCUGCUUCCAGAGCAUUGUCGCUUUCAGAAAGCCCUCUAUGAAGCAAUUUUUCAUAAUCAAAAACAAACCAAACGUCACAGCAAAUAUUUCCUAUGUUAGAAGUUUCAUCUAAAGGUCAGAAUGUUUGCGAGUUACAUAUUUCCUCACAGAUAUUAUUCCUACGGCUCAUUAAAAAAAUAUACCCUGAGGAACAAUUUACUUCAUUAAUUCCUUAAAGGUUUCAGAUAAUUGUUUUUUAACUCUAGAAAAAUUCUUCAGCUAACCGGAGGUUCUCUGAUGUCUGUCCUCCAAGACUUGGCACCACCCAAAAAAAAUCCUACAUGCAAGCAAUUAAUCUCAUAUAUUAUCACCCCGUAUUUCAGUCAUUUUUCCCUGUCAAGCACCUGCACCCUUAAAACAAUGAUAACUCAAACUCUACUGCUGGUAUGAAAAUUUUGGCUAGUUUUGGAUUUGGUCUGGUAUUUGCUUUUAUCUUUUUAUCUUAAACUGGUUUACUGCAAAAACCAAACACAGUCCAAGUUCUACCAAGACACACGUGAUAGAGAUGCAGGACUAUGCCUUGUCUAUUGAAUAAGAAGUUUAAUUAGAAGGAAGUUUUUCACUCAGAGGGUGGUGACACAGUGGAACAGGUUGCCCAAGGAGGUUGUGGAUGCCCCAUCCCUGGAGGCAUUCAAGGCCAGGCUGGAUGUGGCUCUGGGCAGCCUGGUCUGGUGGUUGGUGACCCUGCACAUAGCAGGGGGGUUGGAACUCAAUGAUCAUUGUGGUCCCUUUCAACCCAGGCCAUUCUAUGACUCUGUUUGAUGUGGUGCACGCCAACUACUACUGAAGGCGAAAAAAAUGAGUGUCCCUUGUGAAAACAGAAGAGACACUGGAGGGAGUUUCCCAGAACACACUACAGGCUGACACUGAACAGAGGUGUUGUACCUUGUGUGCAACUGCAUGCUACUGCAGUAUCGAUAUCAAGUACUUUAUGAAUCAAGGAAUAGUUCUUCCAGCCUGAUGUGAAUGUGAGGCAAAUGACUACUUAAUAACUCGCAUGUUGCUCAAAAACAAAAGAAGACUAAGGUUAGCCAUUCCAUUUGCUUUUGUAUCAUGCUUGCUCUUGCCAUUUUCAGGAAAACGAACAGCUUUGAAUACUUAAAUACCACAACAUUUUUCUUCCACCUCCCACCAUCACUUCCAUGCUGGAAGAAACAAGAUUGUCCUCCCAUCUAAUCCUGACUAACUCCAAUUUGAAGUAUUUUUCCUGAACUGCUGAUUGCUGCUGCUUUAAAACUCUUGAUGAAUUUCUGCUUCGGGGUAUCUGUGUUUCCUUGCUGACUGAUGUUUCCAUUGUGUAACUUGCAUCUUAGCUUCAAACACACUGGAAUCCGUUUGAAUGAAAAGCCCCAAAUGAGUAAUAGCUAUUACAAUUUCCAGACCAAAACAAAAACAAAACCCGCAUCAAGGCAUAGUUAAGGUUGAAAAGGAAUAUUAGUUACUUAAGGUAUAAAGCAUAAUGGCAUAUUGUAUAAAGCAUGUUAUAAAUUAUCCCAAAAGUAAACAUUCCAAAAAACCCAGGAAACUCAGGAUUAAGGAUAAAAACUUAAAAGAAAUCCAAACAUCUUGAAUUAUUGAAAUGCAGUACGAAAGCCUCCAAAACAAACUUACAUCAGCCAUGCGGCGGCACCGUGUUAUAAGGCAACAAUUAUGAUUGAUGCAUUUCAGUAUCUGUGGCCCCAAAUGAGGCUGAUUCCUAUUUCAGAGAUACUGUUCUUUUUUCAUGAGGUUCCUUUGCAGGCAACAAGUGACCAUGACAAGCAAUAGGAGACAAGCAGGAGAAAAGUAACACUGUAGUAGCCUCACGUUAGUUUCACAGUUUCACUGUUUGUAAUUUGACUACCUAGAAAUGUAAAAGCUUCACUCAACUGUGAAGCUAGGAGCAAAAUAUUGCCAUCAGAGUGAGAAGAAACCAUUUCUGGCUGGACCAAUAAAACUAAACCAGUAAUAGUGCCAUUCCAUUUAAUAACUUGUUAAAAGAGAAACGAACGGCAUUAAAAUGUUAAACAUA